CUUAAGCUUCAUAUAUGAGUGGAGCGCGUGUGCGCGAACGCCUUUAACAUUUCUCACAGGCCACGAUCGUUUCAGUUACAAUUCGAAUUCGGUCGGUAAAUGUUGUGUACGAUGUUUUCGCGUUUGUUUUUAAAUGCUACUACACUGAUACAAACAUUUUUUCUUUCUCAUUACGUUCAUCUUUACGAAUAUCGAAUGCCGUGAUUUGGUUUUUGGUCUUUCCGUUUUUCGUGUAUUUGGUUUUUGGGAUUUUCGAGAGGUUUUCGCUUCAUCAAAUUAUCUCAGUGUACAGCGAUUUUUCUGCUCUCUCACAAGUUGAACUAUGUUGAAUAGUGAAUUUGGCCGGAAAAAAGAAGAAUCAGAAGAAGCAAAAAAAAGUACUGAAUUAUCGAUCCAUAGAUGGAUCCAAUUAAAUUAUGUGCGCUCAAUAGUUGGGUGUUUGUUGUGCAUUUUAUACGAGAAAAAAAAAAUGAAGUUUUCUCAUUGAUUUUAAUUAAAUCUCCGUGGGAUUUCUGAGUGUGUUGCGCAGUGAAUAAAUCAUGUUAAACAUUGAGUUUUGUGGGUAAAAAAGCGUUCAAUUUUCAAUUUACUUGAUUUCGUUUCAGCGUCGAGAUUUUCAGUUCGAGAUACAGUGUGUAGUUUUUUUUUUUGGUAAUAGGCGAACCGCCUCGUGUUCGCGCUAUCUCAACACCAAAACGUUAUUUAUACAAUAAUUCACCGCAUUUAUAAAGGACCAAUGUGCAUUUCGUGUACGAUUGAAAUUUUGUGUGUGAAGUGUGAACGACCCGAACGAAAAAAAUAUUAAAUAAACCGAUAAAAAUCAAGACAAGACCGAAAAAAAAAGAAAAAGAAAAAGUAAAUAAAAUACGAAUCGAUCGACAACCUGCCGUUGCAUAAAUCAAAGUGAUUAUUUUAUGUGUGUGUGUUCUUUCUGUGCUGUGCAAUACCAACAACACUUAACUCAAAAAGCCAUUUGUGCGCUUACUGCGGUUUGGCACAUUAAAAAGUCAAACCAAUCGAAUUAACACUUUCGAUUCUCUUUCCAACUAAAUUGCCAGAUUUCAACGGUGUUUAUAUGUAUGUAAACAGUGUUUAAUUUGUGUUUAUUUGAAAGCGAGAAAUUGUUAUCGCGGCUGGGCGAUUUAAAAAUAGAAGACACAUAAUUUUCUACUUAGCCGCCGAGUGAAAUUGAUGAUUUAAGCUGAUUUUACAAGUAUAUAAAAACAAUAGCAAACCGAUAUCAACUUCAACAGCAUUCAUCAAAUCAACUGAAAUAUCAAAUCACCGCAUAGAUUUCACGGCAUAGCCAUGUUUGUCACACAUGAACAACGGGACGACGAUUCGUUUGAAUGGAUUGCACGUUUGUGCGAAGAAUAAUGUGUGUUAAGUAAAGCCGACAGCGAUAGAGGAAAAUGUCACAAAUAAGAAAAUCGGCAUCAUUUCGAUCGAGAAUACCAAUACGAAGAGCCAAACCAGUGCCAAGACGAUGCUAUAGCCCUGAACCGUACAGAAAUCUAUCGACACCUGCAAUGUAUGACCAAAGCCACAACAACGACGAAUACGACACAAAACCGAUGUGCAAUCAUCAUGGCAACGAGCAACGCAUCAGCAAACAAAAGAUGAAACGUCAACGCCACAUUGCAACAACGCUCGCCCAACAAGCCCAGCACACAGCCAAACCAAGCAAUGAUGCAUCAAUAACAUCGGUUAGUAAUUUUCCGGUGACACCAAUCCGACCGAAAACCAUCUACUCAUCUUCAAGCUAUUCCAGCAGCGACGAGAGUCAAGAAUCCGAAGCACCACCACAGUACCUACUGAAGCAGUCUGCAUCGAGUGCAGCCAUUGUCCGACCACCAUUGAACGUAUCUACCGAUGCGAUGAGUUUGGAUGGGAUUUUGGAUUCGAUUAGUUGCGGUAGCAUUUCCAGUCCACCAUCACCGGCCAAUUAUCUCAGUCGUGGGGACUCAUACUCGAGCUGCGACUCCCUAGAUAAAUACAAUUAUGCACUGGAGACGCUAAAACUAAGUGAUAGCGGGAAUUAUUUCAAGGGAAAUAUGUUGCAGCCAAAAUGUCGCCAACCAUAUGUGCACAAUGACCGAAAAAUGGACACGGAAAAGAUAAAUGACGAUUUAAUUACGCCAAAACUACCACCUCGACCUCCAUUGCCGAAAAUAUCACAAUCCUCGACAACGAUUGACAAAGAUUUGGCGAAGCAACAGCAGUUGAGCGAUUGGUAUUAUAUAAAAACUGGUCCAAAAUCGCCGUUGCCAACGCCGCGUACCGACAAACGUAACGGUAUCUAUGGAUCGACAACGGCAACGAUGACGACGACAACGUCUUCGACGAUGGUGGCGGUGACACCAACACCAGCCAACCGAACGACUACAAACAUUUUAAAUAAUAAUAGUAACACAGUCGAGGGAAUUUAUGGGAAAAAUGGCAAUUCCAGGGAAUCGACCAAAAACCAUUUGAAUGUGUACAGUGAAAAUAUGAUGAAACGUGUCGAGAACGGUAAUUCACGUUUCGGUGACAUUGACCAUAUUCAAAUGGCAACGAUAAAAACAAUUGGCCACGAUGACAAUCAUACGACGGAGAGUGUCUAUCAGACAAUAAACGUUCCAUCAUCUAGUGAUGACUUGCAAAAAAUACACACACCAUUGAAUCAUCAAUAUUCCGGCAACGAACCAUUAUGUAAAUUUAAUUUGAGGAAUAAUAGUGAACAAGUCAAUGGAUGCCCGAAAUGGCAGCAGCCGCAAGAGAUUCAACAGCGCAUACAUAUGAUGGCACCGCCAUCACCAUCCGUCCCAUCGAAAAAAGUGCACUCACAUCAGCAGCAUCAUCAACAAUCGCAUCCGUUUUACUAUGUUGAACCAUCAAAAAAGCACUUGUCUUCGCCACGACAAGACAAACACACCAAGCAAAGUGUUGAAUAUCAGCAAAAAUUGCCCGAACCGCAAUGCGAACAAAUUCAAGUUGCAUCCAAAUUACAAACUCAUAAUGAACGGUUGAGUUCAGCCGCAAUAGCAGCAGCAGCAGCUGCUGCAGCCGGAGCAACACCAGCAACUGUGGCAACAAUGACAUCGAAUUCCAAUUCAAAUGUACACAAAGUAAGUGGCGUUCAUUCGUUGUCGCAUCAGCAGACAGACCAUUGUGGUAAUGCGAAUUCAAGUAGUUUUGAGCACGUAAAUGUUACAAGUGGCUUUUCAUCGUUAUCCGCAUCAUCGGAAAUGACCAUUGACGAUAAGCGUCAACGCUUCAACAACCAAAAUUAUGCAGACGAACAAUGCUUCCGUUCGUCGACCAAUGUUGUGGGCGACAGUCGACAAUGUUUACAGCAAACUGUCUCCUCGUCACCUUUACUGCCAGCCACCGUUGGCGCCCAUCCAGCCAAGCUUUAUCCACCGAAAUCCACAUCGUAUCGCAGUGAGUGCGAGCUAUUCGGUUCGUAUGUGUCAUUGGAUUGUCCAUCACCUCCAGCACCACCAGUAUGUUCAACCGAUGCCCGACGAGAUCCACAAGCACGACUCAGUCGAUAUUUAAAGAUGCUAUACACUGAGUGGGCGUUAAAAGAGCCAAAUAUUCCAACAUGGACGAACUCACAGAUGCCAGGUGCAUUGUCACCGGCUCGUUUAGAGCCCGAAUUUCGGCUACACUCACAAUCGCAUGGAUUUAGCGAUCUAUUAACUGUCGAUCAAUUGCUCACCCCGAUUCAGACAAAAGACGGUCAAAUUUUGGAGGCACCGCGUCGAUUGAUAAUCGAAUGUCCGCAUUGGGUGGCCAGACACUUUUUGGCCAUGCGUUUUUUGCAUGCAUGGGCAAAAGAGCCGCCAUGGCCAGCACGAGGCGUUCCCGUUGCCGUCGCUCUCUAUCUUCCAUUAGUCGAAAUGAAUAACAAAAAGAGUAUCGCACAUUUUGUGGAAAAAGAAUUGAUAUCAAAAGGACCGAAUAACCCAUUUGCAAGUGGUUUUGGUGGCUUUUCAUCCGCUUGGAAUUCACUGUCGGCACUCGGGCCAAAGUUAUUGAUUGUGAUUGAUGGAUAUGACAUUGUGCGAAGUUCACCGAAACGUAAAGCAAAGAAUAUCCCACAAGAUAUUAUCGAUUUGCUUGAAGGCAAAUUAUUCCCUGAAUCAAGAAUCAUUAUAAUAAGCACAUCACAGAAUAUAGUGGAUAUUUUGCCGCUGGUUCAACGACACGUCAAGUAUGAGGGAUUAACGUGGGGUAAAUCGGUUUCGUUACUAAGUGGAGGUCAAUGGCGAUCACAGUCACGUUUUCUUGAAACCGUUCAACGAUGCGUUCACCUUCGCAAUGUUGCCCGGACACCGCUCGGUUGUCUUGCCCUUGCUACCGGCUAUGAAAUCUCAAACGGUGAUUUGCCUACCGAUGAAAUUGACGUGGUUGAAUCGAUAAUGAAUUGGAUCGCAUCGGAUGCAACCCAAACGCAAAUCGCUGAGCUAGGGCGAUUGGCACUAUUUUCAUUGAAAACAAAACGAACGACCAUGACAACGACUGAAAUUAAAAUGUAUUGCUCAAAUCCGGAAUCAAGCAUAUUGAAUUGCUUGGAAAAGGCACAACUGUUCGGAAAAACAGCGAAAAAGAAGAACGAACACAUUUUUACGCCGAUUUGUGUGGGUAUCAUCGAAUUGUUGGCUGCCAACUAUAUUGCAUCGCUUGCAAAUCGACCGGGUCUUUUGGCAGCUGAAAUCACUGGUUUGUCCUUGAACGACGAAGUCGAACCCGAAAUACUCAAAGUAUUGACAUUUGCCAUGAGUUUGCUUGGACCGCGCGCACACAUUCUGCUAUCGAAACUGACGCCACUUUGGCUGAGCCCACAAACGGUAUUCUCGUUGGCAUUGAGCGGUGGCGAUUCAACGGCCAAUCUCAAUGCUCUAUGUGACUUAUUAGGAAUAUCGAAAACACCAUCAAUUUCACCGCUCGAGACCAAUCCAAUUUGGGUGCAAAUCCGAUCGACGCCCGUCGAACUUCAAGGCUGGGCAAUGGCAUUGAAAAGUCAAAAUAGUACAUUGAAAAAUCUAGAAUUAAAUUAUCAAAUCGAUAAGCACACAUUUUUAGAAUCUAGAAAUAGUUUGGAUAUAUUCUUGGAUGCACUUUCGUUUAAUGAAAGUGUGUCAACGUUGCGCAUCACGUCGUUAAUUGAAAACGAUGCCAAAGAAAUAGAAAUGAACGUCAUCGCCAAUUGUGUAUCGAGAUGCUUGCUGAAACCGCGCCUCGAAAAUUUCGAAUUGAUUUUAACGUUGCUCGAAGAAGAUCCGCCAAUGUUGAAAUUACAAUCAGUUGUCACGGCAUUGUGUCGUGCAUUGCCGCAUCAACCGAAAGUUACAUCAAUGCUGCUCGAUUUGGGACUGUUCACAUCACAAUUGGUGCAAAUUUGCUCAGUUUUAGAAACAUGCCCGAAUGUAACGCGAUUAUCGUUGCCGCAUUUGAGAUGCGAACGAGGAGCUGUCGUUGCUUUGGCAUCUCUGUUGAAAGCACGACCCUUGGCAUCGUUGGCAUUACCCUCUUGUUGGGGUGUUCGCGAUGAUUUACCGUCAUCAAGCGGUGUUAGCAUGAGCUCGGGAAGUGGAAGUAGCACGGGAACAUCGGCAAUACUCAAGCAAUCAACACUAACAAACGCACCAUCACCACGCUCAUUCCAAUCGGGAAUAUUCUCAUCUCUGCCACGUGGUGCUCUGAUGCCAGCCAAUCCAAGCGGUCGAUCGGCCACACUGCCAAGACAACCAUUGGAUUUGCCACCCGAUAAACGCAGCUCUGACUCAGUCGUAUCGAAAACUUGGUAUCCAACGCCCGCCUGCGAUGGUGGACCGCACAAUUCAGGCACAUUACACGAUUUACUGUUAGCUGUACGCGAACCCUAUUCACGAUUGCACGGAUUGGAUUUAAGCAAAGCACAGUUAUCACUCGAAGAUUCGAUGUGUCUCGGUGAAACGGUGCGCGUUUCAACUCAACUUCAUUCCAUCAAACUUGAAGGAUCGUCUCGCAUGAGCGAAGUGUUGCCCACGCUACUCGGUUGCGGUGAAUCGAUCAGCCUACAAAUGAUGAGUUUAGCAUCAACACGAUUGGUGCUCGAGGAUGGUGCCACAGCAAUGUCAUCGCGCGCUUUGGCCAACUGCGGCUCAUUGCGAUUACUUAGCUUAGAUGGAUGGACAUUCAGAGUGGAUAAUUCAACGACAUUCUCGGCGAUACGUGCAUUUUUAACGUUUACUUCGAUAAGAGAAUUAGGAUUGUCGAAUUGUCGAUUGCAUUUGCCAGCAGUGAAAAUUGAAACCAUUUCACCGUUCGAAACGUACGAAUGUCGUUCGGUUGUUGUUUUGAAAAUGGCUGGUGCACAAGUGUUUUUAGCCGAUAAUAAUAUUUUAAGAGGACCUCAAUUACUACCAUAUCUAAGUGGUUUUCCAUGUUUGCGUGAGUUGGAUUUGUCGGGAGCAGCGAAAUCUGGCCUCGGUAGUUCAACAUCGACGCCAUUCAUUUUAGACGAUAAGUGCAUUAUUGCUUUCUUCCACUCAUUGCACACACACUUUAGUAUGUUGAACACAUUGAAAAUGUGCAAUUGGAUCAUACAUUUAGAUGACGCAUCGAAAACAAUGAAAACGGUUUCAAAAGCGUUACGAAAUAGCCCAUUGAGUCAUGUGAAAAUCGAUGGAAUAUCUGUGUUGGAUCGUUCGAAAAAGACACGCAUUGAGCCGGCAUUCUUCCACAUGCUGUUGUCAUCGUUGAAUUCAUUGCGAUGGUUCGGUUGUAGUUUGGCUGGUAAAAAGGAUGAUCAAAUCACAGCCAUCGGAAAUGCGGUGCUCGAUAUUCGUGGCAAUGAAAUCGAUAUCCGAUUAAGCGAAUCAACCAUUGAUGGAGCGCGUUUAAUGGCUCAAGCAAUCAGUUUGGAUGUGAAAUUUGAUGUGCGAGUAUCAACAUUUGGUACGUCAAGCGGAAUUCUCAUUCAUGCAGAAAAAAUGAGCAACAAAAGUUUAAAUCGUAAGAACUAAAACGGCGACGAUUUCCUUCGUCAGAGAGAAACAAAAAAUCAGCAUCGUCCUCAUAUCCCUCUACACUCACACCUAAUUGACACAUACCAGGAUCGAAGGUUUAUUUAUUCAAAUCAAAACAAUAAAAUCGAUAUAUUUACAUGAUAAACACAUUUCACAAUUUAUAUUGCCCUCGUAUUUAUAUUGAUGCCAAUUUCGCUGGUGGAAUAUGCAAGUGAAAUAUCGUGCACCGGCGAUGGCAACAUGUAGAAAUAUAUUUAUUAUUGAUCGAUUAAAUUAUUUAUGAAAUUUUCAAAACACACGUACACAGAGCGAGAGAUAGAGAGGCACAGAGUUGCAUCUAUCACGUAAUUAUGGUAUGAUAUUGAUAAAAUAGACACAAAAACUGCAGCAACAGCAGUAGUAAAAACACAGAGAUGGAGUUAUUUCGCUUGUUUUUCUUCACAUAUUUGAAAUAUGGCUAUUGUAUUCCAAAUAAGCGUAUAGAAACUGAACGUUGUAAAUGUAUGGCGGGUUUGUAUGUUUACAUUUAUUUUCGAUAAUUUACAUACACAGAGACACAAAAUGUUAUACACUGUGGAAAGUGUGUACGCGAGUGCGCGACAACCGUUUUGAGUCAAAAACUUUUGACAUUAGAAUCAUAUUAUACAUGAAAUAUAAUGAAGAAGAAGGAGUUGAUAAAAAAGAAAAGAAAUAAAAAACAGAACAUGAAUAUAUUUUUGUUGAAAAUUUAUGUAUUUGUAUAGUUUACAGUUUUAUUUUAUUCGUUCUGGGUCAGAUGAACUACUAUUUUAUGUAAAAUGGGAGAAGAAAAAAAGUUUUGAAAAUUGCCGGUGCUGAUUUGUGUUGGUGAACACAAGCGACCGACCACAAUUAGCAGUUGGUAGUACAUAUUUAUUACACACUACAGUUGCUGUCUGUAUGUCGUCGUCUCACUUUCACUCCACUUUACAAACCUAUCGAAAUAUUUACCCGAGAUGAAACUAUUUAAAUUGUUCGAAAAUGUUUGUCUGGCAAAGCAGAGACAAAAACAAAUUACAAAACGUUGAUAAUGACAUAAAAUGUCAGUCGUCGUAGGGCACUCACAUGGACAAUUUUUUUUAUAAGCAUCAGAAGAAAUAAAAGAAACUAGUGGAAAUGUUAUAGUUUUGUUGGUUGAUGUUUAAUAUAAACCUAUUUACAGAAGCAUGUAGACACACAUAGACCUAGUUAUGCAUAAAAUAAUAUAUUUAGACGAUUCAGAGACAUCAUAAAUAAUAAAUAAUAAUAAAAAGAAAAACCACAGAGAACAAAACCAA